UCAAGUCAUUCUCAAACCGCCCAAAAAAAAAAGAAAAAGAAAAAGAAAAAAAAACUCUACAUCUAGACUCUAGAGAGUUAGGUUUGAAGGUUAAGUAUUGAAACAGCGUUGGCCUCCAACAAUGCGGUUGAAAGGGAUAGAGAGCGCCAUGGCGGGAAUUUGGGCAGCAAUAUCCAACAGUCAAAUCCCAACCCCUUUAAAACAGCAGCCCAUGAUCCCGUUUCUUCUUCAAACUCACCUAGCUUGCUCAAUUAGUGAAAUAAAAAAGGAGGAAGAAAAGAAAGGGAAAAAAAGACAUCUGGAGUUCAGACGGUUGAGGUGCUUUCAGUUUUGAAGUUAAUAUCCGCCAUGGCUGACCUGGAAAAGCCUUUGCUUGACCCAGAAAGUUUCAAUCAAGAUGCAAUUGAUUUGGAAUGUGUGCCUUUGGAAGAAGUCUUCGAUCAAUUGAGAACAUCUCGAGGUGGACUUUCAUCUGCGGAUGCUGAAGCUCGCUUGGUACUUUGUGGUCCAAACAAAAUAGAGGAGAGCCGACAGGAGAACAAAUUUCUGAAGUUUCUUAGUUUUAUGUGGAAUCCUUUGUCAUGGGUAAUGGAAGCUGCAGCAGUGAUGGCAAUUGUCCUUGCUAAUGGUGGAGACCAAGGUCCUGAUUGGCAAGACUUUGUGGGAAUCAUUUGCCUGUUGAUAAUUAAUUCAACAAUUAGCUUUAUCGAGGAAAAUAAUGCUGGUAAUGCUGCAGCUGCACUUAUGGCUCGCCUAGCUCCCAAAACAAAGGUUCUCAGAGAUGGGCGAUGGCAAGAGAAAGAUGCUGCUAUUCUUGUACCAGGAGAUAUAAUCAGCAUUAAGCUUGGUGAUAUUAUCCCAGCUGAUGCUCGUCUUCUUGAGGGAGAUCCUCUAAGAAUUGACCAGUCAGCUCUCACAGGUGAAUCUCUUCCUCUAACAAAGAAGACAGGUGACAUUGUGUUCUCUGGUUCAAUUUGUAAGCAAGGGGAGAUUGAAGCUGUUGUAAUGGCAACUGGUGUUAACUCUUUCCUUGGAAAGGCAGUACAUUUGGUAGAUUCCACUCAAGUUGUUGGACAUUUUCAGAAGGUUCUGACAUCAAUUGGCAACUUUUGUAUAUGCUCGCUAGCAGUUGGGAUGGUUAUUGAAAUUUUAGUCAUGUACCCCAUUCAGCAGCGUUCAUAUAGGAAAGGAAUCAAUAACCUUCUUGUUCUUUUAAUUGGAGGAAUACCCAUUGCCAUGCCCACUGUGCUGUCCGUUACCCUUGCAAUUGGCUCUCACCGACUUUCUCAACAGGGUGCAAUAACGAAAAGGAUGACCGCAAUUGAAGAAAUGGCUGGAAUGGAUGUUCUCUGCAGUGAUAAAACAGGAACACUUACCUUGAAUAGGCUCACUGUGGAUAAAAAUCUUAUUGAGGUUUUCAAUAAAGAUGUGGGUAGAGACAUGAUUGUACUGCUUGCAGCUAGAGCUUCGAGGCUCGAGAACCAAGAUGCAAUUGACACUGCCAUUAUUAACAUGCUUGCGGAUCCAAAGGAGGCACGUGCAGAAAUUACUGAAGUGCAUUUCCUUCCUUUUAAUCCUGUAAAUAAACGGACAGCAAUUACAUAUAUUGAUUCUGAUGGGAAUUGGCACCGUGCUACCAAAGGAGCUCCCGAACAAAUUCUAAAGUUAUGCCAUGACAUCGAUGAAAUUUCCGGAAAAGUGCGUGCAUCCAUAAACAAAUUUGCUGAAAGGGGCUUAAGAUCACUUGGGGUUGCUUAUCAGCCAAUUCCGGAGAAAGAAAAAGCAAGCCCAGGUGGUCCCUGGACUUUUUGUGGGUUGUUACCAUUGUUUGACCCACCCAGACAUGACAGUGCUGAGACCAUUCGCAGAGCACUAAACCUUGGUGUCUGUGUCAAAAUGAUUACAGGUGAUGAGCUGGCAAUUGCUAAGGAGAUUGGUCGGCGUCUUGGCAUGGGUACCAACAUGUACCCUUCUUCAUCAUUGCUAGGCUGUGACAAAGAUGAAAAUGAUGCUCUCCCUGUAGACGAGCUUAUUGAAAAGGCUGAUGGAUUUGCAGGUGUCUACCCUGAGCACAAGUAUGAGAUUGUAAAAAUUCUUCAGGAGAAGCAUCAUAUUUGUGGAAUGACCGGGGAUGGUGUAAAUGAUGCACCUGCUUUAAAGAAAGCUGAUAUUGGAAUAGCAGUUUCAGAUGCUACUGAUGCCGCAAGAGGCGCUGCAGAUUUAGUUCUUACAGAGCCUGGCUUAAGUGUCAUCAUCAGUGCUGUCUUGACAAGUCGAGCCAUUUUUCAAAGAAUGAAGAACUAUACAAUUUAUGCAGUAUCCAUAACCAUAAGAAUUGUGCUUGGUUUUUUGCUCCUUGCAACAAUUUGGGAAUAUGAUUUCCCUCCUUUCAUGGUUCUUAUAAUAGCCAUUCUAAAUGAUGGAACCAUUAUGACUAUAUGCAAGGACCGUGUCAGGCCAUCACCAAAACCUGAUAGUUGGAAGCUCAAUGAGAUAUUUGUGACAGGAAUUGUCUUAGGGACUUACCUUGCAUUAGUUACAGUCUUAUUUUAUUGGGUUGUUAGAAAAACUGAUUUCUUCGAGACUCAUUUUAAUGUGAGAUCUCUCAGCGGCAGCAGUGAAGAGAUGUCCUCAGCUGUUUAUCUACAAGUUAGCAUCAUCAGCCAGGCUCUAAUAUUUGUCACACGUAGUCAGAGUUGGUCAUUUGUGGAGAGGCCUGGUUCUCUCCUAAUUUGUGCUUUCAUGGCAGCUCAACUGGUUGCCACGCUUAUUGCAGUUUAUGCACAUAUAAACUUUGCUUCAAUUCGCGGUAUCGGCUGGGGUUGGGCUGGUGUCAUAUGGCUCUACACUGUGAUAUUCUAUUUUCCACUCGACUUGAUAAAAUUUGCUGUCCAAUAUGGCCUAAGUGGAGAAGCAUGGAAUCUUGUUUUUGAUAGAAAGACAGCUUUUACUUCAAAGAAGGAUUAUGGGAAAGACGAAAGGGAGGCCAAAUGGGUACUCUCUCAGCAAAGUCUAAAAGGGCUGACACCACUAGAUUUCAUCCCCCCCAAGAGGCAGAGACAUUCAAUUCAGAUUGCUGAACAGGCCAUGAGACGUGCUGAAAUAGCAAGGCUGGGAGAGAUAUAUACGCUCAGAGGACAUAUCGAUUCUGUAAUAUCGCUGAAGAAUUUUCAUGGAAAUAUGAUUCAAUCAGCUCAUUCAGUAUGAUACAAACGAAUUUGAGGAUACUUUGUUACUCAAGGAGGAUUUUAUUUGAUCCCAGAAAAAGGAGAUUUUUAUUCGGUUACUACUGAAGAUUUUCAGAUUUGGAUACUAGCAGAUGCUGCAGUUCCUAAAAAACACUGGAUAAAUGGUCAGAGAAGUUUUGAAAGUCUAUUAGGUGGUAUGAUUUACAUUUUCAUGGAGGUUGAUGUGAUGAAAAGUUGUGAUCAAUGACAGUGCAGUAUUAAUGUGGCACCAUCCUAAGAUUGAUUAGUUUGUUGUAUGUUUUUUUGUUGUCCCCCUUUUAUAGUCUUCAGAAAUAUAUUAAUGCCUAAGGUGUAACUAAAGAGUCCUCGCAAGUAAGUGUAUGAACUAGUGUUUGUCCAAACCUAUGUACGUGUAUAUGUGUGUGUGUGUGUGUAUAAUGAGUUGAAUAUUGAGAUGUUUAUUUAGAUUU